AUGACUAAUUUGUCUCAUUUUAAUUUAAUAAAGAUCCGUUAUCCGUUGCAGAAGUUAGCAGAGAUCUGCAUUAGUGUGAUUGUGAAGUUGCACGGGAUUUCGCCGAGUAUUAUUUCAGAUAGAGAUCAAAGGUUCACCUCGAGAAUUUGGGAGAGCUUACAGGAAUUCUUGGGAACUAAGUUGAGUAUCUUUUAUGCGUCUAAGCUUUGGAAGUAUAUUCCCGACCCAUCUUACGUGAUUCCGUUGGAUGAUGUUCAAGUGAGAGAUAACUUGAGCGUUGAGACAUCACCGUUGCAAAUUGAGGAUCAAGAAGUGAAACACUUGAGAGGUAAAGAGAUUUCUCUAGUGAAGGUAAUGAGUGGAGGAUGUGGUGGAGGAAGAUUGAUGUUGGAGCUUGAAAGUAAAAUGAAGGGGUUGUAUCCAGAGUUGUUUCCUUAA